AUGCCGGGCGGCGGCGGGCGGCCGAGCCUGUGGGCCACGCCGACGCCGUACCUCUUCCUGGGCCUGUCUGUCAUCAUGAGCGUCAUCGUCGUUGCGCUGCUCGUUCUCCUCUGCUGCACGCACCGCAGGCCGUCGUCGUCGUGCACGCGGCAGCUCGAAGAGGCUGGCGAAGGCGAGAAGGCGGCGUCGGAGCGAGGGGUGCUCGUGCCGCUCGACCGGGAGGCGCCCAGGGUCGUCGUCGUCGUCAUGGCCGGCGACGACGCCCUGCCGUCCUUCCUCGCAAGUGCCAAGCCGCUCGCCGUCGACCCCACCGGCGCCGCCGCGGCCGUGUAG